AUGGAUAUUCUCGAUGAGAUUGUCAUAAUCAUCAUCAAGGUCAUUGAGCACGUGGGUGCUGAAUUCCUCAUCUCCAAGCGGUUGGCCGAUCGAGGCCAAGGUGUCAGCGAGACCGGGCAUCUUGGUGAAAUUUGCUCCCCUCCCCACCCAAAUCUGUCUGUCCCAACUCCCAACCCUAACCAAACCCCCAACUCCACUCCUUCAUCACCCAAGAAGCAUGGCGCCGGCGGCCGGUCGCGGCCGAGGACGAGGACGGGCCCGGGGACGCGGCCGCGGCCGUGGGCGCGGACGAGCGGCCAAGACCCCGCCGCCUCCCGCCGCAGGUGCUUCCUUUCUUCCCUCCUCUCUGGUGGGCGCGCGCGCUCUCUCUGUCUCUGUUUCUCGCUGUCUAACCAAGCAAUCCCCUUCCUUGCUUGCUUGCUCCCCCCCCCCCCCCCCCCCCCCCCACCCCCCCCGGAGGAGGCUCCCGACGCCGCCCAGCAGGAGCACGAGCAGGAGCAGGAGCAGGAGCAGGAGCAGGAUCAGGAGCACGAACAGGAGCAGGAGCAGCUCACCCACAACACCCAAGAUGCCGCCGCCUCUGCCUCUGCCUCUGCCUCUGCCUCUGCCUCUGCUUUUGCGGGGCGGGAGACGAUUGAGAUCUCUGACUCGACAGAGGCAUCCCCUCAACACUGCGCCUCCUCGCCAGACAUAUAUAGCUCAACCACAGUCCACCAGCACAUCAAGGAGGAGGAGCCAACCUCAAUCACAGUCGAUGAGCCGAGUGAGGCCGACGUGCCGUCUCCUACCAAUGAUGAUGAGCAGCAGCAGAAAAUGGAGGUGGAGGCUGGAGAGCCUCAUGAUAUGUUGUUGUCCGUAGAGCAAGAAGAAGCGCAAGGAAAUAAUAACCAGGAGGAUGCAGCGCCCGAUGCGAACAAGCAAGCGGUACAGAGCAAAGAAGCGGAGGUGAUAGAGCAGGAGGGUGGAAAAGCCGAUGACGAUGAUGUAGCGGUAAAGACUGCUGCAACUCAUGAUGCACAAAAUAAGCAAGACAGCCAACCUAACCCACUCCACCAGGGACAAAUGCUUGCUGCAACUCAUGAUGAUAAUUCAGAAAAUAAGCACCCACUCCACCAACAACAGAUGGAUGCUCAGCAGGAAGAGGAGGAGGAGGAUCCUCAAGAGGUCAUCUUCGACGACUCUGUCUCCGUGGGUGAAGGGCAGGCCGCAUCUGAGAUCAAACAAGGAGACGACCUUGCUAAGGCCACGGAGGACGACGACGACGGGCAGGCUGCAGCUGAGAGCAAACAGGAAGAGCACCGUGCUAGGGCGUCGGAGGAGCACGGCCAGGCUGCAGGUGAGGUCAAACAGCAAGAGGACGAGCGCAAGGUUAUGUCAGACAUGGCCAAGAACAGGCAGCGCAAAAAGGAGCUAGAGAUCUUUGUGGGAGGGCUGGACCGUGAAGCCGUCGAGGAGGAUAUUAGGAAGGUGUUUGCGCACGUCGGUCAUGUUGUGGAGGUCCGUCUCCACAAGGAUCUCUCCACCAACAAGAACAAGGGCUUUGCGUUCGUCAGGUUUGCAAACAAACACCAGGUGGCUCGCGCGCUUGCUGAGGUGAAGAAUCCUAUGAUACAUGGCAAACGUUGUGCCGUUGCCGCUAGCGAGGACAACGACACACUCUUCUUGGGCAAUAUUUGCAAUACAUGGACAAAGGAAGCUAUUAAGAAGAGGCUGCUUGACUAUGGAGUUGAAGGAGUUCAAAGCUUAACUCUUGUUCCUGAUACUCAAAACGAAGGCCAGAGCCGUGGUUUUGCAUUUCUCGAGUUUUCUUGCCACGCGGAUGCGAUGCUUGCAUUCAAGAGGCUGCAGCAACCAGAUGCUCUGUUUGGUCAUCCUGAGAGAACUGCAAAAGUUGCUUUUGCAGAGCCAAUAAAAGAAGCAGAUGCAGAAGUUAUGGCUCAGGUCAAAUCAGUUUUUAUUGAUGGGCUUCCACCAUACUGGGAUGAAGAGCGUGUUAAAAACCGAUUCAAAGCUUAUGGUUUGAUAGAACGAGUUGUGCUUGCUCGCAAUAUGUCUAGUGCUAAAAGAAACGAUUUUGGAUUUGUCAACUUCUCAACCCAUGAGGAGGCUCUUGCUUGUAUUGAAGCCACCAACAACACCGAGCUGGGUGAUGUUGGAAAAGCAAAGCUAAAAGUAAGGGUUAGACUUUCAAACCCUCUACCUAAAAGUCAGGCUGUGAAAGGUGAAAUGAGUGGCGGGUUUCGAAUUGGACAUCCUGGAUCUGGUUUUAACAGGCCUGGUAGAGGUUUUAAUAGGGGAAGAGCUGCCCCUCGCCGGGAAGGUUUCCAUGGUGAUAGGGGUUUCAAUAAUCACACUCCUGUUCGUGGUGGGAGAUUUAAUUCUGCAUACAGUAACAACAGUUUUGAAGCUUCGCCCUCUGAUUUCCGAGCCAGGCAGGCUCCUCCUGCCUUUCAAGGGGGUUCCUCAGGAAGGCAGCAUGAUUUGUUUGAUAGAGGACAGGGGAGAGGAUAUCAUCAUCCACCUAGAGGGCCAACAUUUGAGCCCGAGGGUGAUUUUGGUAGACCCUUUGGUGAAAACCCAUAUCUCUAUGAAGAUGUUCGGCAUGGUGCUAAGAGGCCAUAUUCUCACAUGGAACCCGGUCCUCCUGGAUACUUUGAGCAUGGUGGUCCUCCUCGUGUGCGCCCUCGCUUUGACCAUUACGAGCAGCCACCAUUUCCUGGAGGGAACCGUUUUGGUCAUUAUGACCAGCCACCAUUUCCUGGAGGUGACCGCCACAGAGACUCUUUUGGGACGAGGGGUGGUUAUUCACGUGAUCAUCACUAUGGCCCUGCUCCUGGUCAUGCCCCGCCCCCUGCCCAUGCCCAUGCCCAUGCCCCUCCCCCUGCCCCAGCUCAAUAUGGUAGGGGUGCAUUCCAACCACACCAUAGAGGCGGGCAUUCUGGAGGCGGUUAUUACCACCACUAGGUGGUAUCACAGUAUGUCUCUUGUCAGCUGGUGUGACUUUCUCUUACUGGUCUUGUUUGAUAUUUGCAAUGAUCAUGCGGCACUAACAUCGGUUUACAUGCAGACAUCAGGUGGUGCCGUGUGACACUAGUGUUUGGUUUGGUAGUGACUAGUGAGAAACAUAUUGCCGCUUAUUUAGCUACUAGUACUCGCAAGUCAGUUGGUUGUUAGUUAUCUUUCAAAGUACCGUUCGUUGUCGCAGACCAAUAAUUAACUGUCCUUGUUAAAGGACAUGUUUGGGGUCAUGAAUCUGUUGUGAGGAUAUUGGUGGAUGAUGUUAUAGAACUAGAGGCAUGACAUGGACCGACCUCUCUGUAUUUGAUUAGAUAACAUUAUGGAUUAUGGAUUUUAGACAGUUUA